AUGCGACUGUUCAAGUCGUUCUCGGGGGGUUACGACAAGGUCACGGCCAUUGAUUGGUCCCCCGACGGGAAGUGGAUCGUGGCCGCAAACAAAGACCUUACGGCCAGGAUUUACUCCCUGGAUUCCCUCAAGGUGUACAAGCCGGUGCGGCUGACUGGGCACAAGGAUGUGAUUGUAGGCGCGUUCUUCUAUGGAGGGGGCUCUGCCAUUAUGACUGGAGCUGGCCCGAACUUCAAACGGGCGGACGUGGCUCUGGGUUUAAGGGGGGUUCAGGGGGGACAGGAGGGGCUGGGGGAGGGACCCGAUGAUGGCGGGGAGGAUGGGGAUGAUGAGGAGGGGAAUGAGGAUAAGGAGGAGGGGGGGGAUGAUGAGGAGGAAAAUGAGGAGGAGAAUGAGGGGAAGGAUGUGAAGAAAGGAGAGAAAGGGAAGACGAAGGAAGAGGAGGAAGAGGAGGAGGAAGAGGAAGUGGAGGAGGAGGAGGAAGAAGAAGAGGAGGAGGAAGAGGAAGAGGAGAAAGGGGCUGAGGUGGAGGAGGAUGGUGAUAUGGAGAAGGAAGCAGAGAAGGACGACGAGGAGGAAGAUGAGGAAGAGGAGGAGGAGGAUGAGGAGGAAGUGGAGGAGGAGGAGGGGGAUAAGGAGGGGAAUGAGGAGGAGGAGGGGGCAGAGGAGGAGGAGCAGCCAAGGAAGAGAUCACGGCUGGUAGAGAAGGCACCCGCACCCGCCCAUGUCCGCCGGGACUUCCGAUUGGACGAGGGCAAGUGGCGCCUUGAGGCGAAACAUUUCUUCAUGCUGCCCAAAGCCCGCCUCACCUCCUGCGACCUGCACAAGCCCACCAAUCUCCUCGUCGCCGGCUUCUCUUCGGGCAUCUUCGGGCUGUACCAGCUGCCCGAGUUCGCCACGCUGCACCUCAUGUCCAUCUCCCGCACCAAAAUCUCCUCCGUCUCGUUCAACGAGGCGGGGGACUGGGUGGCAGUGGGCUGCGCGCGCCUGGGGCAGCUGCUGGUAUGGGAGUGGCGAUCGGAAACCUACGUGAUGAAGGUUCAGGGUCAUUUCUAUGAUGUCAGCUGUGUUGCGUUCUCUCCAGACGGCACCCGUGUGGUAACCGGGUCGGACGAUGCCAAGGUGAAGGUCUGGAGCCUCGCGUCGGGGUUCUGCUUUGUAACGCUUGCGGAGCAUACUGGUCCAGUUACUGCCGUCGCCUUUCUCCCGUCCGGCGGCGCGGGGUCGGCAGCGGCCGCGGCGGCGGGCGGCGCGGGCGGCGGCGGGGGCGGCGGGGCGGUGGUGAGCGCGUCGCUGGACGGCACGGUGCGGGCGUUCGACCUGCUGCGGUACCGCUGCUUCCGCACGCUCACCACGCCGCAGCCCGUGCAGUUUGCGUCGCUGGCUGUGCACCCGUCGGGGGAGGUGGUGUGUGCGGCGAGUCAGGACGACUUCCAGGUGUACGUGUGGAGCAUGCGCACUGGCCGGCUGUUGGACGUGCUGUCGGGGCAUGAGGGGCCCGUGCACAGCCUCUCUUUCUCGCCCACGCAGGAACUGCUGGCGUCAGCAGCAUGGGACAGCACAUGCCGGCUGUGGGACGUGUUCGAGGCCAAGGGCGGAACAGAGCCCCUCCCGCACUCGCACGAGGUGCUCGCCCUCGCCUUCCGCCCGGACGGCCGCCAGCUGGCGACCGCCACGCUGGACGGCCACAUCCACCUGUGGGACCCCCUGGAGGGCGAGCUGCAGGGGAGCAUCGAGGGGCGGCGGGAUUUGGUCGGCGGGGCGGCGGCGGCGGGCGGCAAGGGCGGCAAGGCUGGGCGGGGCGCGCUGCGGCUGGGGGAUAAGAGCUUUCGGAGUCUGUGUUACUCGGCGGAUGGGUGCUUUCUGCUGGCUGCUGGGACGAGCAGAUACGUGUGCCUUUAUGAUGUGGCAGAGAUGGUGAGUGAGGGGUGCUGUGCGGUGGGAAGGUGGGGUGUGGGGUUGGUUGGGCUGUUGCUGCGGCGCUACCUCAUAACGAGCAACAAGUCCCUGUCUGGCGCCAUGGACUCACUCAACCCGCACCGCAUGACGGACGCAGGCCCGCUCGACAUCCUCGAUAUAAGCGACUCCGAUUUGGACGACAACGACCUCGACGACUCGCACCGCCAGCGCCGCCACACGCUGCUCGGCUCCGACCUCCCCGGGGCGGCGAGAAACGGCAGCCAGCGCCGCCCGGAGAUCCGCGUGAAGACAAUCCAAUUCUCGCCGACCGGGCAGUCCUGGGCGGCGGCGACAACCGAAGGGCUGGUGGUGUUUGGGUUGGAUGAAGGGGUGGUGUUUGAUCCAUCGGAUCUAGACAUCGAUGUUACACCGGCGGCUGUAGCGGCUGCUACAGCCGCUGGGCUGCACGCGAGGGCGAUACAGAUGGCGCUGCGGCUGAAUGAGACGAAGCUGCUACAGGACGCGAUGAUGGCGGUGCCGCCCGAACGGCUGGGUGGUACAGUGUCGGCCCUGCCGAGGAAACGGCUGGGGAAGGUGGUGGCGGCCGUGGCAGCCAUGCUUGAGGGGCGGCCUGAGCUGGAAUACGUGCUGCUGUGGUGCAAGGGAGCACUGACUCACAUGCCGACCUUCUCCCUCAUGCUCACCUCCUCCCUCAUUCUCACCUCCUCCCUCAUUCUCACCUCCUCCCUCAUUCUCACCUCCUCCCUCAUUCUCACCUCCUCCCUCAUUCUCACCUCCUCCCUCAUUUUCACCUCCUCCCUCAUUCUCACCUCCUCCCUCAUUCUCACCUCCUCCCUCAAGCUGGCACUUCUCUUAUUUUCUGGCAAGACAUGUAUGGAGUUGGUGCUGCAACACGGCAAGGCUCUCGCCCUGCCGCCCGGCACGCCGGGGCGGGCGGCGCUGCGGCCGCCCAUGCAAGCGCUGUCACGGGCGCUGAUUCAGAUGCACGAUGACCUGGCACUCUCCGCCUCGUCCAAUCAGCACCUCCUGCAGUACCUCGACUCGCUGCCCACUCCCAAUGUUGCCACCACGACUACGUGA